CGGACCACACACGGACGCACUUUCCAGUACCGUAGCUCUACCACUGCCCGCUCAUCACAGUUCGGGGAACGGGAGACGAUCGACGGGGACAGCCAUGGCGGUCCACAUUCCCCUCCUGUCGCCUCUGCUGAGCUACCUCUACUCGCUCCUGUUCCAGAAGCACCUCGAGAUCUGCGUGCUCGGCCUCCAGUCGGCGGGCAAGACGUCGCUCGUCAAUCUCCUGGCGAUUGGCCAGUUCAGCGACGAAAUGGUGCCGACGGUUGGCUUCAACAUGCGCAAGAUCCGCAGCGGCAACGUCGGCAUCAAGGUCUGGGACAUUGGCGGACAGGCGCGAUUCAGGACAAUGUGGGAGCGGUAUUGCAGGGGCGUCUCGGCUAUCUUGUUUGUCGUCGACAGCGCCAUCCCUCUGCCGGACCCGAAUGCCUCAGGCAAGUCACAUGGCGAGAGCGAGGACAACAGCAACGACGAGCAGCAGCAGCAGCAGCAGCAGCGCACGGCAAGGGGAGCGGGCCCAGAGCAGCAGGGCCAGACGAACCCGUGGAAUGUCGCUACGGAGGAGCUCCACGCACUCAUGUCGCGGCCCCAGCUCGCGGGCAUCCCCCUGCUGGUGCUUGCGACAAAGAACGACGUGCAGGGCGCCGUGAGCGCAGAGGAUGUCAUCCGUGUCAUGCGGCUCGAGACCAUUGUCAAUCGAGAGGUGUCUUGCUACUCCAUCAGCAGCAAGCGCCAGGUCAACAUCGACGUCACACUCCGCUGGCUCUGCGCGCGAAGCCCAUCGAGCAGCUUCCGGUAGGCCUUUCCUUUGCUUUGCCCUUCUUUCGACCAUAUCCACCCCCGCCACUUAAGACUUGACAAAGGCUAGCACCGCAGAGCCUUUCCAACAGUACUAGUCGCAGCAGCAGCAGCAGCAACAACAACAUCAGCAGCCUGAGCGAGAGUCAGAGAUAUUACCAUUGAUAAAUUCUAAGAUAUAAUCUUCCACGGC